AGCGGAUUGCAAUAUUCAGAAAGCCUUCAUUUUCACUUCUUUGGUGAUAUAACCUAUUUGCAACUAUGCUUGCGGGCUGCGGCUUGACUCUUUAUGAGGACAUUCUUAGCUGCUGCCAAAUGCGAGACUACUUGGGAUGCUGGUACUUCAGCUAGAAGAGCAAUUCAUAACCCUCUCGAGCAGUUCUUUGAAGCUCAUAGAAGUGUGGAGGAUGAUAAACCUGUUGUGUAUGGUCGGAGCUGGAAGGCAUCUGAGCUUCGUCUCAAUUCCUGGGAUGAUCUUCACAAACUAUGGUAUGUACUUCUCAAGGCUCAACGUCAAAUGCUUAAUGCUCAAAACUUGAGAUUUCCAAAUCCAGAAUGUAUCUCCAAGGUAAGAAAGUCUAUAUGCCGAAUCAAACACGUGCUCACAGAGAGGGCGAUCGAUGAGCCAGAUCCUAUGAG